AUGUCACGUAUAUCACAAUUGUCACAGGAGCAACGCCGACAAGCUGCUUUAAAUAGAAGCAGGGCUCGCUACGAACAAAAUGCAUCCCAAAUAAGGGUUCGGAAUUCUGAACACAUCGCCAAUGUUCGCGCCAAUAACCCGGAACUGCGGGAGGAAAGUCGGGCACGGGAAGCCACAGCGCGCGCCACUUGGAGGCGAAGUGAAAGAAUCCGUAACAUUGAGCGAAUUCGGGAUGCUGAAGGACAUGCUCAUCGCCGACAGGACCCCGAGGAGCGCCGACGAGAGCAGGUGCAAGAUACUGCUCAUCAUGCCACUCGGAGGACCGAUCCAGAGUUCCGAAGUCGCGAACGGAUUCGGGAUAUGGAGGCACGUGCCAAUCGCCGAGAGGACCCCCAGGAGCGCCGACGAGAGCAGGACUCGGAGGAACAUGCAAGGGAACAGGAGAGAAAUACUGAGGAGCACCGACAACGACGAAGGAAUUCUGAAGAGAGGCAGCGAGAACGGGAAAUGGACGCCAAUAACAGGAGAGCAACCAGGAGAAAUCCCAUCGCAAGAUCGCAGGAGCAACGGAUGAACACAUCUCAACAACGGGAAACACGACAACAGCGGAGGAUUCGAGAGGAACAAAUUCGACAAAUGGCAGAGGAUCGGCUAAUCAACUUUAGGAUGGACCCCCAAAACCGACUGGAUGCCUCCCAAAGGCAGUCACAAAGGAACAUGGACGCAAGAGCAGCCCUUUCUGAGGAUGAGAUGGAACAGGAACGGGAACUACAGCGUCAUAGGAUUCGAUCAUCGGCGAGGGAUCUUUAUCACAGGAACAUAAAGGAAGGACCAACGGAAAUUUGUGUCUGCUGUGGAGGAACGUGGUUCCGUUCGCAGCGGCACAGGAUGUACUACAGCAGUGCGCGAGGUAAAAACGGACGUGGCACUCCCAGACAACCGGUGGUCUGUAGAUCAAACGGGCAAUCCAGAACCCUCGCAGAGUACCCCCCGGAUGGGAACAAGGAGGUUGGCGAGAUUUGUUAUGUGAUCUGCCACUUCCUGUAA